AUGUAUCAAUCAUCGCAGCUUGCUUGGCGCAUCCCCGUGUCCCUGAUCUCAGGUUUCCUUUCCAUUACCUCCGCGACAAGAUCUUCAUCCACCCCCGAAUCACUUACCGGGGAAUCAUUUCAAACAAAGUCGAACACUUCCACAAUGUUAAUUAAAUACGCUUCUGAUACAUCUGGACCUAAUCGCUUCGCACCUCCAACGCCAUUUAUAACCCCUCCUGGUUACAUCAUAGAUGCUUCUUCACCCGGUCCAGCAUGUCCUCAAAUUAAAGAUCCUAUGCUACCUUCCUUCUCUGAAAUCGAGGAAAUCAGCGAAGAUUGUUUACAUCUCCACAUUGCUCGGCCAAGCGGAUUAAAUCUGAACUCAAAAAGCUGCCUCCCAGUCGUUCUCAUCUCACUAUCCGUCACCGACGAAAAUCCCAUAAUAUUUGCAGCUCUAAAUUCCCGUCUCGGUAUCUUUGGAUUCCCACGACUACCUAUAUUAGAAGAUGAGAAGUCACUCAACCUUGGUAUGCGAGAUCAACGUGCGGCGUUCGAAUGGGUUAGAGAUCAUAUCCAAGAAUUCGGCGACGAUCCCAAUCGUAUCACUGCCUAUGGUUUGAGUGCUGGAGGUGCUAUGACCUCGCUUCAGAUAAUGGCAUAUGGUGGUCAGAAAGGUGUACCUUUUCAGCAAGCAUGGGUGAUGUCUGGACCACCUGGCACUUCUCUAAAUAUGACAAGUGAUGCAACUGAGCAUCAUACAAGAGUUGUGGCAGAUAGAGUCGGCUGUGGAGGACUUGUGGAUUCGGAAAUUCUUUCAUGCUUGCGGGAUAUCCCAAUGCAAGAUCUCAUUGAUUCUGCAAUGGCGUAUUCCGUAUCAAAUCAUCCACCCUCUGAUCUUUUUACCUUUAUUCCUUCGACUGAUGAUGAUUUUCCACCUGAUCGUUACUCAAUUAUGAUGCACGAGGGUAGAUUUGUAAAAGAUGAUGGUGCCAUGAAUGUUGGCCCCGGACACCUCAUUCAAUCUGAAGAAGAUAUGGUCACCUCCAUUAAAUCAUUCAUUCAUGCCAUGACUGCAGAACAAUAUGCAGAGAUAUUUGAUCUAUACUCAGCCUCAGACUUUGAAGAAGAAUUGACUCAUUACAUAUCACAAAAAGCUUCUGAAGAUCCCGAUAUCUCAGUUCACUACUUUCGAGUUUCCGCAUCUUGA